AUGGGCAGGGCGAAGAAGACGAGGAAGUUCGCCGAGGUCAAGCGCCUGCUGAACCCCAAGGACCUUCCCUCCAACAAGGCGGCGCAAAAAAAGAAGCAGGAGAAGCAGGGCAAGGACGACGUGCGGCACGUGGAGAAGUACUCGAGCGCGCUCUUCCUCAAGUACAACACCGCGCUGGGUCCGCCGUACCAGGUCCUUGUGGACACGAACUUCAUCAACUUUUCCAUCCGCAACAAAAUCGACCUCGUGCAGGGCAUGAUGGAGUGCCUCUACGCCAAGUGCAUCCCCUGCAUCACCGACUGCGUCAUGGCCGAGCUGGAAAAACUCGGCGUCAAGUACAGGGUGGCGCUGAAGAUCGCGAAGGACCCGCGCUUCGAGCGCAUCCCAUGCACGCACAAGGGAACGUACGCGGACGACUGCCUGGUGGACCGCGUGCGGCAGCACAAGUGCUACAUCGUGGCCACGUGCGACAAGGACCUCAGGCGGCGGAUCCGAAAGGUCCCGGGUGUGCCGGUGAUGUACAUCAAGAGCCACAAGUACUCGAUCGAACGCCUCCCGGAGGCAACCAUCGGCGGGGCGCCGCGGACGUAG